AUGCAGUCAUAUCUCCAAUAUCGUUCUAUUCGCGGCGGUAUCCGCAGACAGGUCGACGAACACCCAGGUUUGGUCAUUCCCUGUUGCAAGGAUGGGAAUCGCAGGCAUAAUCUUUUCGAUAACACAGAAGGCAACGCAAAGACCGAGGGCAGCCCUGAUAUUGGACUUUCACCCUUACAAGGCUACAGCCUACGGCAAAGGGCAGACUUUGAUCGCCAUCCUCCACCGGGUAUUGAGCUGAGUGAUCGAGACCACUCUACUGUGUUUCUCGUUGGGUGGGAUCAUGAGAAAGAUACCAUGAAUCCACGAAACUUCCCCCUUGCCACACGAAUUUCGGUGACUCUUCUUGUGUCUGCCAUAGCAUUUGUGGUCAGUGCCGCCUCCUCCAUUGAAACAGCAGUUCUACACCAAAACAGUGCUGCCUACAAUGUGAGUGAAGUUGUCGCAUCUUUGGCCACCGGCAUCUUUCUCCUGGGCUUCGCAGCGGGCUCCUUGGUCUCAGGCCCGUUAUCUGAGAUCCUAGGCCGUAAUGUAGUCUAUAUUGGAUCUCUGUCGCUUUUUAUGCUCUUUACCAUGGCAUCCGGCCUAGCACCUAAUAUCGGAACACAGUUGCUGUUUCGGUUCUUGGCCGGCGUGUUUGGAUGUCCACCACUCACUUGUGCUGGAGGGACCAUCGCAGAUAUCUGGGAUCCCCUGGAGAAAACUCUCGCCUUCCCUUUAUAUGCUAUCCUUUCCUUUGGGGGUGCGAUCCUCAGUCCUCUAAUUGCCUCCUAUAUGGGUCAGGGGACGCUAUCCUGGAGAUGGACCAACUGCAUCAUCCUCAUCAUGGCUGGCCUCGUUCUGGUCUUGGUGGUGCUGUUCCAGCCUGAGACCUACAGUCGUCUCCUCAUGAAUUGGAAGGCGAGCCAUCUGCGAAAAUCAACAGGAGACUUGCGCUACCAGUCUGCAAUGGACCUUGAUCGCACAACUCCCCUGUCCCGGAUUGUGACUGCCUGUGUGCGGCAGCUCACUCUUCCGAUUCAGGAGCCGAUUAUUCUGCUGCUUUCGUUAUACAUGACGGUGCUCUAUAUCGUGCUGUUCACCUUUUUCGACGGCUACUCAUACAUAUUCAGCGACAUACACGGCCUGUCGCAGGGGUUGACCAAUAUUGUCUGGGUCGCAAUGUAUGUGGGAAUCGUGUUGGCCGCCCUGUUGGUACCGGUACAUUACCGGCGCAUGAAGAGACUUGAAUCACUCAGCCGAGACCUCCCAUCACCCAACAAUCCUGACACCGCUCAGAAUGGCGACAUUAAUGUCUCUCUGAACCGCGAUGAUCAACAAGCCAAAGCACAGUCUGCAACUCCCGAGCACAGGCUCUGGUACGCAAUGAUCGGCGCUCCAGCAAUUCCAAUCAGUCUUUUUUGGAUGGCCUGGACAGACCAUGCAAACAUAUCAAUCUGGUCUCCAAUAGUCGGCUCAUCGCUCUUUGGAUUUGGCAGUAUCUGCAUUUUCAUAUCCAGCUAUAUGUAUAUCAUUGAUGCAUAUGAAGCCUAUGCUGCCUCCGCUCUUGGAUUCAUGACCGUGUCGCGAUACUGUGCGGCGGGCGGAAUGACUGUUGUUGGAAUUCCUUUCUACCAGAACGUCGGGGUCCACUGGACGUUAACGAGUCUCGGCAUUAUCAGUGCUGUCCUGACGCCGGUACCGUAUAUUUUCUGGAGGUUUGGAGACGUAGUCCGCGGUUGGAGUCGGUAUGCGGUUUGA